AUGGCGUCCACUUACCCAGUUCUCCCGGAGAAGCUCCUCCUCAUCUCUCUAAAGAUGUACUUCACCCCAGACCGCACACUCACCUACCUUCGCGAACUCCUCAACCCAACCAACGAGAUCGUCCACCCCGCAAACCGAGACAAACUCCUCCUAGCUCUAAUCCCAGACUUCCUAACCAUCUGGCCCUGCGCGCAAAUCCUCAAAGAGUACGAAGCCAACCUCACCAGCACCGGAACCGGAACCUCCCCAUCCCCACCCCCCUUCCUCCUCGGGGCGCAAGACUGCUUCUGGGAAUCGCAAGGCGCAUACACAGGCGAAGUCUCUCCGGCCUCAAUCCGCGCGCUAGGCUGCUCAAUCGUCGAACUAGGCCACGCCGAGCGCCGCGCCAUCUUCAACGAAACAGAAGAUCAAACCGCCCGUAAAGCAGCCGCAACCUGCGCCCAGCACAUGGUCCCGCUCGUCUGCAUCGGCGAAGUGACAGCUCCCGGCCCCGUCGCCUCCCAAGCCGUCGGCCAGGCUGUGGCCGAGUGUGCGGUGCUGGUGCGCACUGUGCUGGCGGCCAUCCCGGACGACGCGCCCGUUAUAUUUGCUUACGAGCCUGUUUGGGCUAUUGGCCAGCCGAAGCCGGCGGGUGUUGAUCACGUUGCUGCUGUUGUGCAGGGCAUCCGGGCGGUUAUUAGUGCCCGGUCUGGUACAGUGCGUGUUUUGUAUGGCGGUAGUGCCGGACCUGGUCUUUGGGGGGCUGGUGGGCUUGGUCGCGCGGUUGAUGGGAUGUUUUUGGGCAGGUUCGCGCAUCAAAUUGAUGGCGUGCGGGAGGUUGUCCGUGAGGUAGAGGAGACGCUGGCUAUAGCGUGA